AUGUGUCCGAUGGCAAAACGACAUAGGAUCUGUCGACAGGGGCUCUUGUUCUGCCUUUGCCUCGCUCUCGGCGUUGUCGGGCGGCUUGGGAGGUCAGCUCCUGCCUUUAGCGGACUUCCUCGUGCAGCCCCUCGCGCAGUGUCGAAGAGAUGCCAUAGCCGCCUGCAGGCAGGCGUCCAACAGUUCGAAGAUCUGGCAGCAUGGGCGGAGCCCGCUUCCACACCGGAGCGACGUUCGGAAUGGCAACAACAAACACUUCUCAUUUGGGUCUCCGUGGUGGCCCUCUGGACAUUUCUGGACUGCGUGGUGGAUCCCGGUGUGAAGCCAUUUGAAGAUCCCGGUAGCUUGCUCAACAUAGCCCUGCCCACCUCGCUGCUUGUGGCCCCCGGCGCAGCGGUUGCUGCCUCUGCACAGCUUGCACCGCGCCCGACCGGCAUUGCCGAAGCGACGAAGACUAAGACCUGCGCCGUCUUCGUCGGUGAUAGCUUGACACAAGGCACCCUCUCGGCCAACGUCCUUCAGGUUCUCGAGGGUCGCUGUGCCAGGGAUCUUGGUGCCUUUGUAAAUGCCGGGCGAAAUUUCCGGGCUUUGAGCGACACCUUGGAGUCCGAUCUUUUGGAGGAGGCCUCUGCCCUGCAGCCAAGCCAUGGCUUGGUUCUUCUGCUUGGAACCAAUGACCUCAUCCGCUAUACCGCCGUGGCCGAAGCCCUCCGAGGUCCCAAGGAGGACUGGUUGGGAAGCUACGAAGCGCAGCUGGAGCAGGCAGUCAGCCGCAUUUCCAGAGAUUUCCCGGUGCUGCUCACGUCGCCUCCACCGCUGGGAGAAGAUCUGAACUCAGAGGAGGGCCUCCUUGGUGCGUCCAUGGCAAAAUCUGUCCGACGGGUCGCAGAGAUGAGCCAGUGCGUCUAUGUGCCCCUCUUCGAGGCCUGUGCUGACCACUUGAACCAGAAAGCCGCAAGUGGGAAUUUGGCUGCCAAGUCCCGAGCAUAUUCCUUGGGUGAGUCUUUGCUGCUCCUUUGUGCGCUCCCUUGGCGGCUCUAUGCCGGAAGUGGCGAAAGUUUGCAGAAAAUCCAGGAGGAUUCCGGGUUGGAACUGACUGUUGACUUGGUGCACUAUGGCCCAGUCUAUGCUGAUAUAGCUUCAAGGCUCUUCAUCCAGAAGUUGGGGAUCUCAGCGUCAAAAUGA